CCCACCCUCUCUCUCUCUCUCUCUCUCCAUAAAAACCCCAACCCCAUUUCUCCAAUAAACAAAUUCCAAAUCCUUCUCCAAUCUUCUCUUCUCACACAAUCUCUGUUCAACAACGCUAGAGAAUAAUAUCUCAAGUAUCAUGUGGUGAGAUGAACCAAGCACAACAACUUCAAGAAGCUUGAAGUGUGAACUGUCUCAAACAUGUUCUCAAAGCUUCAGCCACAACACCAGCAACAGCAUCAACCUUUUCAAUUCUCUCGUGAAUGUCAAACGUCCGAGGACGAUGACAGCCGAAGCAGCGGUGGCCCUAACACCGCCGUCGCCCAAAAAUCAGUUUUAGGCGGCGGAGGAUGCAGCGAUGGGGCCACAAUUGAAGUGGUGCGGCGGCCCAGGGGCCGCCCGCCCGGGUCCAAGAACAGGCCCAAGCCGCCUCUCAUAAUAACGCGCGAGCCCGAGCCCGCCAUGAGCCCGUUCAUUCUAGAAAUCCCGGGCGGAAGCGACGUCGUCGAAGCCCUAGCCCGGUUCAGCCGCAGAAAAAACACUGGCCUGUGCGUGUUAACCGGUUCGGGAACCGUCGCCAACGUCACUCUCCGUCAACCUUCUUUCUCUCCCGCCGGCGCCACCGUCGCCACCGUCACUUUCCACGGCCGCUUCGAUAUCCUCUCCAUGUCCGCCACCUUCCUCCACCACGCCUCCCCGGCGGCGAUCCCGAACGCCUUCGCCGUGUCCCUUUCCGGACCGCAGGGGCAGAUCGUCGGCGGAUUCGUCGCCGGCAGGCUCCUCGCGGCCGGCACGGUGUUCGUGAUUGCCGCGUCGUUCAACAAUCCGUCGUAUCACCGGCUUUCGUCGGAGGAGGAGGCGCAGAACAACUCUGGCGGCGGCGCAGGAGACGCGCAGUCUCCGCCGGUUUCCGGUGGCGGCGUGGAGAGCGGACACGUUCCGGCUGAGUCGUUUAUGUACAGCUGUCACCUUUCUUCGGAUGUGAUUUGGGCUCCAACCCCUAGACCACCUUUCUGAUCAUCAUCAAUCAACUCUAUUUUUAAUUCGUGCUUGUGUUGUGAAUUUUGUUUCGUUAAUCUAGUUGUUUGAGUUGUAAUGCUGCUGUUAGCUUAUUUAGUUCUAGUUCUAAAUUCAAAAACAAUGAUUUAGAUUUUUGGUGUCAUGCUUAGUGCGUUAAUUACCCCUUGAUCCUUGGUUUCUUUUUCAUACUAGUGGAAAGCUGUUGACAUUGUGAUUUUUGCUCGACAGAAAGAAAAUUUAUGAUUUAGUUAUA